UCCUUAUUCUUUCAUUUGCAGGUAUAAGGUUAUCUGAUUCAAGAUAUAUAUCAACAGAAUGGUUCAGUACAACUUCAAAAAGAUCACCAUUGUUCCUUCGGGAAAGGAAUUUGUCGAUAUCAUUCUUUCACGAACUCAACGCCAGACUCCAACUGUCGUGCACAAGGGAUAUGCCAUUUCACGCCUCCGACAAUUUUACAUGAGGAAAGUGAGAUUCACCCAGCAAAACUUCCAUGAGAAGCUCUCCACCAUCAUCGAAGAGUUCCCUCGAUUAGAUGACAUUCAUCCAUUCUACGGGGAUCUGCUCCAUGUCCUCUACAACAAGGAUCACUACAAGCUUGCCCUCGGCCAAAUCAAUACUGCAAGAAACAUCAUUGGAAAGAUUGCGAAGUAUUAUGUUCGGCUGCUCAAAUACGGUGACUCUCUCUAUCGAUGUAAGUGCUUGAAGGUAGCCGCUCUUGGUCGAAUGUGCACAGUUAUAAAGCGGAUUGGGCCUAGUUUAGCUUACCUAGAGCAGAUCAGGCAACACAUGGCUCGGCUCCCUUCCAUAGAUCCAAACACUCGAACCAUCUUGAUAUGUGGAUACCCGAACGUGGGCAAGAGUUCAUUCAUGAAUAAGAUCACAAGGGCCGAUGUGGACGUCCAGCCUUACGCUUUCACUACGAAAUCACUCUUCGUCGGUCAUACAGAUUACAAGUACUUAAGGUAUCAGGUGAUUGACACUCCUGGGAUUUUGGAUCGACCAUUCGAGGACCGCAAUAUUAUUGAAAUGUGCAGUAUCACUGCAUUGGCACAUCUUCGAUCUGCUGUUCUGUUCUUCCUCGAUAUAUCUGGAUCA